AUGCACAAGUGCUUAAUUAUCUUAAUUGUAUCAUUUAAUUUACUUUUAUCUAGUGCUUUUCGUCAAGAUGUUUGCGAGAAAUGUGUCCAUUUAGAUAACUGUCCGCAAUUUAACAAUAUGAAUAGAGACGAACAACAAAGAUGGAUGAAGCAAUUCCCUUGUCAACAACCGAAUGAGAAAGAAUCAAGUCCCUAUUAUGGAUUUGCAACUGUUGCUAGAGGAGAUUAUGUUUGUUGUCCCGGUUUAAAUGUUUGGAGUAUAGUAAACGAAGAACAAGGAGAUGUUGCUAAAUCUCCUUAUGAUCAAGGAUAUGUUCAGCCUGGCGUUUUUAAUAACAGACCAGGACGACACCCGCAGUACACUAAUAAUUUCCCACCUUACGGUGGUCAAAACUUUGACAACAACCAUCAAGCAGACAUUAGAUACACGCAACGUCCGAGUAAUUGGAGAAAAGAUUAUGAUGAUAAUAAUCAUAACUUUGGUAAUCAUUAUCCAAAUUAUGGAAAGCCAGAUAUUAAUAACCAAAACAUUCACAAUGGACCUAAUUUUUAUAAAUCCGAUCAACAAAACGACUACCCAAAACAAAAAUUUCCAAUGACGAAAACUCCACAAAUGUUCGUACCCAAUGGGCAGCAGCCAAAUUUUUCUAACCAAUAUCCACCAUGUCCAAAUAUUCCAACGCAAAAUAAUUUUGGAUAUCAAACAUACCCAAAUAAUCCUAACUGUAAUAGUUACCAACAAGGUUUUAAUCCAACACAACAACCUCCCACUCAAGUGUAUCCUGAGCGAAAUAAUCCUCCAAAACGUCCAAUUCAAAAUGUCUUUCCAAUAUACCCACCCAGUCAUGGCCCCAACUUCCAUGGUACAAAUGGAAAUGGAAAUACACUGGGCGGACCAAAAUUGAACAACCAAUGUCAAGGAUUAACAAGUUUACCACCCGACCCUAUCUCUGGAUGCUGUGGCUUAGAUAUGUCUAGUGGUGAGGGGAUUACUGAUUUACAAAUUAUGGUUACUCAACGUAUUCGCAACAAUUUUAUGUAUAUGCGAAAUAACAGGAGAACGACGAGAGAAAAUCAAAAUGGCACAGUUGAGAUAGAUUUAGAUAAUCGUAUCGCAGGUGGUACAGAAACUGAACUAAAUCAGUUCCCGUGGACAGUACUUCUGAAAAUAACAUUCGACUAUGGUAUAAAUAAAACUUCUUUCAACUGUGGUGGCAGUUUAAUUAGCUCAAAAUACAUUCUCACAGCUGCACAUUGCAUACAUGAAAAAGAGGCUACACUUAGUGGUAUUGAAAUCACAAUGGCAGAAUAUGACAAGCGCACUUUCCCCAGAGAUUGCAAGCUUAAUUUUGGUGGCGAAAAGACGUGUAUUGAGAACGUAAUAAUACAUGCAGAGAACAUAAUUCGACACCCGGAAUACGAUGACAAGAAACUCUACAACGAUAUCGCACUGAUACGCCUUCGUGGAAUGGCGCCUUACACUGAAUUCAUCCGACCGAUAUGCUUACCUCCACUCAACGUAGAUAACCAAGUAUUCUACGGCUUACCUCUACCUGUUGCUGGUUGGGGUCGUAACGGACCAUAUAUGUCUGACAUCAAACAAUCAACAGUAGUCAACCUUGUCCCGCAUGAAGAGUGCCAGCAAUACUACCCCUACUUAUCAGCCUCUCAUUUAUGCGCGGCGGGAAAAACUGGAGAGGACACAUGCAAGGGAGACUCCGGAGGUCCUUUGAUGAUGCUCUAUGAUGGACAAUAUUACGUCAUAGGCGUCGUAAGUGGAAAAAGAGCGGAUGCCCCGUGUGGAACAGCAGUGCCUUCCCUUUAUACAAACGUAUUUCAAUACAUAGAUUGGAUAAGAAAUAAUAUUGAUAACUAA